AUGGCGUCGACGGAAGGCAAGAUGGCCUUGCCUGCGUUUCUCCAGGUCCUCACAAAGCAUGGCGUGCCCCCAUCACGAGCAAUUGCAGUUGCAGGGAAAAUCUACAAGACGCACAACACCCCCUCUCAGCUCUCUAAACUCACAGACUCCAGCCUCAAGGCUGCAGGUGUGGAUGACCAGGACACACGCAAGCUUGUGCUAGCCGCUUUGCGGAAAGCAGGAUACAAAGCAACCCCUGGCAAACCUGCAGCAGGGACGAGCCGUGCUGCAAUGCAGGGCACGCCGGGCGGUGCUGGCUCCAGCAUUUCUUCCACUAGUACAUCAGCAGAGCGACCCAGGAAGAAGCGUAAGCGAGAUGACGACCUGAACGAAUUCCUGCCGGACAGACACCCAGAGGAGGGCGAGCAGUACGGCAGCCUAGAAUUUAAUGAAUUGCUCGACGAACAGGUUCUUCAGCCUAAGUAUAUGAUCGUGAACCGCGCUCCCAUCAUGAUGGCGUGGGCAUUCGUCGUGGCAGAACGCCUUGGUUUUCAUCGUGAGGAGGCCCUUAGUAUUGCAUCUGUGUACACGGAGAUGAACGCCAUAACCAAGGGCGUCUCACUUGGGGUCUUCGACAAGAACAGAGGCAAGGGCGUGGAAGCCUCCUCCAGCGGCUCGCAGCCGUACGUAGACCUCAUGGGCCGACGACCACUCUACCAAACCGCUUCCGGCAGCUGGCGCGCCCUCUCCUCUGGAACGCCCAUCGUGCCUACAUCCGCGUUCUCGUACAUCACCCGCGCGCUGCGGCAGACAGCGCCGGCGGUCCUCGGCGCACUGCGCCUCCUUGCCGCGAGCUACACGCCCGCGGAGCUCAACCGCACGGGCUUUGCGCUCUACCAGGACUUCCGGCCAGACGUGGACGGCUGGGGUGGGCGUGGUGAGGUACGCUGCGCGACCAUCUUGGCACUGCGCAGGACGGGGGUGAAGGAGGAGCGCCCCGAAGAGCGCGGAGGCGCGGAAGCGGGUAGUGCGAAACCACUAGUCAAGAUUGAGCAACUCGAGGGAGAUAGUGCGGGUCCCAGCAGCAAGAGGCCGCGUGCAAUGACACUAGAGGAAUAUGAAGCAGCCCUGGAUGCGGAUGACUCGUUCGCCAACUUGGACCUCAGCAACAUUCCGUGA